UUUUCUUCUACUAUCCACCCAAAAUACUCGAAGCUAUCUUGAUCAGUGCACAAAGCAGAGCAAUUAUUGAGUUAAUAGUUACUGUGUCGAUAUGCCAUUUCAUUGCUUCUGGAGAAAAAGCAGUUCCUAUAAUGUGACACACGAUUUUGACAAAUUUAACAAACAAUCUGAGAAGGUUUCCAUAUCUAGAACGAGAGUGUUAGUCGACGACGAUGAAGAAAUCACAUCUAGAAGAAAAACUGUGCUUAAAUCAACAAAUAAUGCAAGAAAAUCUGUAAGUAAUAACAUCAGUCAGCUGUACUUGGGAAAUGCUGAAAACUUAGAUGUGAAAUCUGUAAAGCCUUUGGAAAAUUAUGAAAAACCUAGUGAGAACUUAUCAGAUACCGUUUCCCUGGAAAAUACAACUGAGAUCGUUAAAAAAACUGAGAAGGAUGACAGUGUAAACACUUUGGUCAAGAUUACUGAGCCAAAGGAUGAGAAAGAUGAAACCAACCACGUUGAGAUGGUCAAGAUUAUCGACCCAGAGGAUGGGAAAGAUGAAACCAACCACAUCAAUAACAGUAUGGUCAAGAUUACCGACCCAGAGGAUGAAAAAGAUGAAACCACCAACGUUAACGAAGAAGACUACACUCCAAAAUGCACUCCCGAUAUAAAAAGUCCAGUUACAAUAGUCAUAGAGGAGCCAGUGGAAGAUGUAGUUGAAGAAAUUUCGAACGAAAAUGAAAAUAAUAGACAAGAUGAAUCAAAUACAUUGGAUCUUCCGAAGGUUAGUGAAUCCAUUUCGCGUACAUCUUCGGUAGAAAACAUUGAGAACGCUGGGAGAUUAAGCACUGAUUCAAACCUGGACUAUCCGAAGACUUCAGAUGAAAAGGGCGAAGAGAUAAGAAGAAGAUCAGGAGUACUGCCUAAACCUAUUCAUUUUGAUGAAGACGUCGCCAAAAGUUUGGUCAAAUAUCCAAAAUCGGAAAGCGAUGAAGAAUUCAUCAAGAACGCCAUCUGCAGGAACGAAUUCCUGAGCAAAGUCAUCACUGGUCGAAGACUCCAAGACGUCGUGGACGCCAUGUACCUCAAAGAAAUCAAAGCGAAGGAGAAGAUAAUCAAGGAGGGUCAAAGAGGGAACCACAUGUACGUCGCCGCUGAGGGUGAAUUUGAGGUAACCAAAAAGGGCAAAGGAGUAAUCAACGUGAUGAGACCUGGUGAUGUCUUUGGCGAGCUCGCCAUCCUCUACAACGCCAAGAGAUUCGCCAACGUGAAAUCUAUAACGUCUGGGAAGGUUUGGGUCAUCGACGGAACCGUUUACCAACAGCUUGUAAAGAAGUCCAACAACGAAGAACAGGAAGAAAUAGUCUCGUUUUUACAGAACGUCCCCAUACUGAACGAGGCAGGCUUGGAGGUACUGAGGAAAGUUGCAAGUCUUCUCAAACCUGAAUUCUACGAGACUGGAACCACUAUAGUCAAAGAGGGAGAUAGAGGCGAUAAAUUCUACAUAAUAGCUGCUGGUUCAGUUACAGUCACCCAGGAAAACAACGGGUUCGUAGGGCAACUCCACAGAGGCAAUUGUUUCGGCGAGAAAGCCUUACUAGAGCCGGUAACACGCCAAGCUACCAUAAGAGCAGAUGAUCCAGGUACCGACUGCCUCACCCUGACCCAAAAACACUUCGUAGAUAAUUUUGGAAAGAUCGAGGACAUAUCCAAAAUAACGAUGCUGUCACCACCGCCACUACCAAUACCAGACGUGAAGAAGGUAGUGAACGAAUACUCCCAUCUUGACCUCAGCGAGUUUAAGAUCCUCAAAACCCUAGGAGUAGGAGGGUUUGGCAGGGUAGAGUUCAUCCAGCACAAGAAAGACCCAGCUUUAACCUUCGCUCUAAAGUGUUUGAAGAAGUAUGAGAUGGUGCAACAAGAGCAGCAGUACCACGUUAUCAACGAGAUGGUGAUCCAGAUGACCUGCAACUCACCCUUCAUCAUCAGACUCUACAAGACUUUCAAAGACAACAAGUUCAUCUACUUUCUUAUGGAACUGUGUUUGGGUGGGGACCUUUGGAGCCUUCUGCAGCGGCAACCCAACAAAAAUUUCACGGAAAAGGGUGCUAGAUUCAUAGCCGGAUGUGUCUUGGAAGCCUUAGCCUACCUGCACACCCAAGGAUUCGUAUACCGUGACCUCAAACCGGAAAAUCUGCUGAUAGACAACAACGGUUACAUCAAAAUGACUGAUUUCGGUUUCGCCAAGCAUCUGACGCCUGGUAGUAAGUCUGGAACGUUUGCCGGCACUCCUGAGUACCUGGCGCCGGAGAUUAUCCUCAAUAGGGGACACGACAAGGCUGUGGACUUGUGGGCCUUCGGGAUCUUUGUUUAUGAGCUGUUGAACGGCAAAACACCGUUCAGGUCUAACGAUCCUAGUUAUAUGAAGACGUACAACAACAUAUUGAAUGGUUUGGAUGUGGUUUUCUUCCCUCCAAAUAACACCGCAAAGGCCAGGAACUUGAUAACCAAGUUGCUGAAGAAGGCUCCUAGUGAAAGGUUGGGCGUGGAUGAGAUUAGAUCUCACAAAUGGUUUGCUGAAUUCGAUUGGGAGAGACUUAGAUCUUGUCAGAUGUCUUCACCUUAUAAGCCAAAGUUGUCCAGCAAUGUUGACUGCAGGUAUAUUGACCAUUUCAGGAGGGACAACGAUAUUCCUCCAGAUGAGAAUUCGUGGUGGGAUGAAUACUUCUAAAGAGUCCAUUGGGUCAAUCGAGGACAUUGCUUUCUUCUACUGGUAGAGGAACAGCAAAGUGUAUAAAGAGCGAAAAAUAACGAAUGGUUUGCUAUAGUCCUUUUCAAAUUCCUUUAGUAGAGCAGUGGCAGCAAUCUAAGGCCAGAUCUGACACUACUAUAUUAUGAACAGAAGAGGAGAUAGAAUAUGCAUACAUACUCGUACCUGCAUUAAAAGCAGGUGUUUCUUUCUAACUACACAAUGAAACUUUCAUCAGUUCUUCAUUUUUUUAGUAUUUAAUAUUUUCAAUUAUGCAUAAAUCAUAAAUCUUAUGUAAAGUUUAAUAUAAUAAAAAUACUAACAAUUUGUA